UACACCAGUGAAGGGCUAAAUUACAGAGCCCCUUAGCUAGCGCAAUGUCAACAAUCUUGCUAGCUACUGACAGGUUUUCAUGUUCAGUCAAUAUAUUCUGUAUGAUGCCAAAUGUUUUAAUAUGUUUUGUAUUUUGGCGACUGCGUUGUUGUCAUUAGCUAAGCAUUUGAAAUGGUCACUCGCCUCCAGAAGGUCAGUCAACCCAAAUAUAUUUUUGCUGGAUCAAAAUUGGAGUCCUCGAUUACGUUAGCUACAGUAAUAAUUAGCUGGGUCAUUCUCACGAAAUUUGACCCAAAAAUGAGUUUCAUUUUUAACGAAAUGUCCUCUUUGAUCACUGAGAUUAGGUAUCUGUACUUAUCUAUACUGAACAAAAAUAGCAUGGCAUGGCAUCUGCCUAUAAAACAAAAAAGUAGGGCGUGAAUCAUAAAACCAGUCAGUAUCUGGUGUGACCACCAUUUAUUUGUCUCAUGCUGCACGACACAUCUUCAAAUAGAGUUGAUGAGGCUGUUGAUUGUGGCCUGAGGAAUGUUGUCCCACUCCUCAUCAAUGGCUGUGCGAAGUUGCUGGAUAUUGGCAGGAAAUGGAACAAGCUGUCGUACAUGUUGAUCCAGAGCAUCCCAAACAUGCUCAAUGGGUGACAUGUUUGGUGGGGUUACACCUGCCCUUGUGUUCUCUGAAAAGAUGGAUUCUAGUGGGAAACCCUCCACAGCCCAAGUCCUACUAUUAACCACCAGCUCAGCACUGACUGCAGUCUUCUACUCUGUGUACAGGAGGAGGACAACAACAGUAGCAAGAUUAAAGGGAGCCAAGAGAGUGUCUAUUGAUCAGGAUCUGAAGAACAUCCUGACAGCAGCACCAGGAAAAUGUGUUCCGUACGCUGUGAUCGAAGGUGUUGUGAGAUCUGUUAAAGAAACCCUGAACAGCCAGUUUGUGGACAACUGCAAAGGGGUCAUCGAGAGGUUAACUCUAAAGGAGAAGAAGAUGGUGUGGAAUCGCACCACUCAUCUCUGGAACGAGAGUGAAAAGGUCAUCCACCAGCGCACCAACACGGUGCCCUUUGACCUGGCAUCCCACGACAUGGCCAUGGCCGCCACCAUCCGGGUCAUCCGUCCCCUGGACUCCUCAGAGCUAGACCUGGAGACCACUUACGAGAACUUUCACCCCACGGUCCAGUCCCUGACCAAUGUCAUUGGCCACUUCAUCAGCGGGGAGCGCCCUAAAGGUAUCCACGAGACGGAGGAGAUGCUGCGUCUGGGGGAGAGUGUGACCGGGGUCGGGGAGCUGGUGCUGGACAACAACCUGGUGAAGCUCCAGCCUCCCAAGCAGGGCCUGAGGUACUUCCUCAGCCGACUGGACUAUGACUCCCUGGUGGAGAAGCAGCAGAGCAGCGUCAGAGUCUGGAGGGUCCUGACCGCGGUGUUUGGUGUGGUAGCUUCUACGACGCUCCUCUUCAUCCUGUGGAAGCAGUGGGUUUACCACAGACAGAGGAGAAAGGAGAAGAACGUCCUGGAGGAGUUCAAGGAGCAUCAGAGGAAGAGGAUGAGGGAGAUGAAUGUAGAGGAGACCAGUGUUUCCCCUAGUGCCUGUACGGUGUGUCUGAGCCGGGAGCGUUCCUGUGUGUUCCUGGAGUGUGGGCAUGUCUGUGCCUGUGACCAGUGCUACCAGGCUCUUCCAGAGCCAAAGAAGUGCCCUAUCUGCAGGGCACCGAUAGAGAGGGUAGUACCGCUUUAUAACAGCUAAUGGACAAUGCCAUGGCGAUUGUAACUGGACUAAUCUAAUGUUACUGAAAAAAGGAUUGUGUAUUUGUUUGUCUUUUUUUGUGUGACAGGAAAAUGACUGUGUAUCAUUUAAAGUGGUACUUGUAGCUUUAACAUUUCAUUGAAAGAUCAACCUUACUGUGUUGUAAUUAUGCAUAUGUUGAUUUGAGUUCUAUCAGUUGAGGAAAAGAUGUCCUUUUUCCAUAGAGAGUUGUAGAAUCAACUCAGAAGUUGAAUGUCUUCACCUCAAUGUUUCUCCAAAGCACAUCAAAGCCAUUUUGAAUAAAGAAAGAAAAACACAAAACAAAUCCUCAACUUAUUUUUCAAAGUUGGAGUAUACAUUUACAUCUGUAUACUAACUAUCCACACAGUUAUGAAAAUAUGUAUUGCUGCCAGGACAGAGUGACUUCUGCCUUUCAUACAUGUUUUCAACAGUGAUAUGUUAUGUUUUGCAUAAGCCAUUGAAUUUGAUAUGAGCAGUGAAAGUACAGAAAGAAAACAUGUGCAAGAUAGAAACAUUUUAUAAUGUAAGAAAAGUAUCAAGUAUGUCCCCCAAGUU